CUGAUGACAGGUCUUUUACCGCGGGAACUUUGUCUUGUUUUCGCGUCCUUUGCUUAUAUAAGACUUAAAUAACAGUCGAAAAUAUAUUAGCCAGUUAAAGUGUUACACCUAACGAGUUGGAAAUGUCAAAAAAAAAAGGUUUGAGUUUGGAGGAGAAGAGGACACGAAUGAUGGAGAUUUUCUUCGAAACGAAAGACGUGUUUCAGCUGAAAGACAUCGAGAAAAUCGCCCCCAAGACAAAAGGAAUAACCCCCAUGUCAGUGAAGGAUGUGCUGCAGAGCCUGGUGGAUGACAACAUGGUUGACAGUGAGAGGGUAGGAACUUCCAACUACUACUGGGCGUUUCCCAGUAAGGCACUGAACACACGCAAGCGCCGCCUGGACGAGCUGGACAAACAGCAUUCUGAGGCCAAGACACGCAGAGAGACUCUCCAGCAAGCUGGGGAGAAAGCCAAAAUAGGACGACAGGAGACAGAGGAGCGGGCUGCUCUGCUGAAGCAGCUGCAGGAGUUGAGGCAGGAGCACGCCCAGCUGAAGGCUGAACUGGACAAGUACCGAGAGUGUGACCCGGAAGUGAUCGAGGAGCUGAAGAAGUCCAACGUCACUGCGAAGGAGGCCGUCUCCAGGUGGACAGAUAAUGUAUUUGCCAUCAAGUCCUGGGCCAAGAGAAAGUUUAGUUUUGAUGACAGCCGAAUCGACAAAGCCUUCGGGAUUCCUGAGGACUUUGACUACAUGGACUAACAACUACCAUCUCUUUAUCUGUGUAUGGUUCAAUCCCCAAUGCACACCAUUAACUCUUAAAGCAUUGUUCUAGUUUGAACAGUUGUGUCAUCCACUCAAGCUGUAAUGAAAAGUUUAUGAUUUUCAGCCAAUCAGCGGCCAGGCCCUUCGUCUGGCAAGGUUUUACUUUCUGUGUGUAGUGCUUGGCUUGGGAGUCAUUUGGAGCUAGGCUCUCACAGGUGUAAAUGCUGCUGGUGUGACACUGGAGAAGGCGCUGUGCUAACCUCUGACCCCAGCGGGGGGCUCUUUGAAAGGAGUGCAUGGACUGCCUGACUUUUGGGACACCUGUUUAUGUGAAAACCGAGAGGCCAGAGUUGUUGACGGAAACAAGCUAUGGUGUGUGUGUGUCUUAGUGUGUGUGCGUGUGUAUGUGUGAAAGCCAGGGUGCCCACACACAAACACCCAUACACACAAGUAAGCAAACAAACACACGCAGACACACACAAACACCCACAUUCACACUUAUUGGCACACUCAAGCACACAAGAUGCUUAUUCACGUUCUCUCAUUGGAACACAUGACACACUCAACAUUUGUAAAGGGCACAUCAAACAGCAGUGCAAUUUCCAAUUUUAGAACAAUAACUUCAAUAUGAAUUAAUUAAUUGAUCUACUUAAGCUUAUCCAUAUGCUAAUGACAAUACUAAUUAUUAUAUUUUGCCUAUUCCUUUGUACCUACAGCCAGAGAAAAGGCUCUAGGGCAGGUUACGUCUCUCUGUAGCACCUGGGCCGGCCAGCCUUGUUUGAUGUAUGAAUCCGUAUACGACCUCCGAAGCAACAAGAGGUACUCUGGGAUUGAUAAUGAAGGAGAGAGGCAAACAUGGGCCUGGCGUUAUAGUGGGGCAUUUUUUGAAAAAUCUAUAGGGAAGAAUAUUGAUAUAUUUACACUUUUAUUGAGUAUUUGAGUUGGUAAAUAGUUCUUGUUAAUGUCGCUUGACGAUCGUUUCAAUAAAGUUCUGUUGUUUCUUUUUGUAUC